AUGCCCAAGUCGCAAGCGAGCCCCCGGGAUUCGAUGACGGCGGUCCGCAAGUACCAUGCCUUUGUGAUUGCGCGGCUCUUGAACGACAGCGCGUCCAAGCACCGUGUCCCGCACACGACAAUUGCGACCAAGCUCGCCAAAGUCGCGCUCAAGAUGGAAUUCCGCAUCUUCAAACUCACGCGCGGUCGACUUUUGGACGAGAACGCCAUUAAACUCUACUUGACGCACUUGACGCAGCAGGCGCACCGACGCCACCGGCGCCAGCUCCAAUCCGAGCGCAAGAGUAUCGGCGACUCUAUUUAUUGA